GAAUUCACCAUCCCUCCCGCUACCGUCCUUUUCCAUCCCCUCUCGUUGGUUGAGCGCGCGCAAGAGGUGGUCUCCCUCUCUUCAUUCACUGUCUGCCUCUCUGCCUGUCAGCCGCAUUUUCCUUCUCUCGCUUCCGCAUUCGCCUCUCUCGUAGCGUCGCGGCCGGUAUCUCUCUGUCGGUUUUGCAACCCCCAUCCCUUCUCCAUGCUCUCCCUCGACGUCGAGACUCGUCCCUCCCCCGCUGACGGCCGGCGCACACGAGCGUCCCCCUCGCGCAUAACCCCUCGACCAAGAGAGCGAUCCGUAACAACUAAAGUUCUCGUGAAAAGUUGAGCCGGGCGCUCUCCUACGCCCUCCUGCUAUAAUAGCCGCUCGCGCGCUGGUCUCUGUACGGACCAUCGUCGUCGUCUCUCGUCUCGGUUGUCUCCGUCCAUCUGUCCCACAUUCCGUGAGACGGAGAGAGAGAGAGAGAGAGGGACGUACGCGGAUAAAGGGAGGGAACGGGAGAGAAAGCGAGAGGAAGGAAGAAAGGGCAAGCGCGAGACAGAGAGGGAGAAAGAGAGAAGCCGCGCCGUGGACGACUCCGACGGAUUAGGGAAUAGAAUAGUCAUUAUCGUGUAUACAUCCGUAUUCUACGAGCUAUCGGUCGCGCUCUCGUUCUCGGAGAGUUGUUGGUCGUCGUCCCGUUGGUGGUGUGGCGAGAGACGACGCCGGUUUUCGCAGUGGUGUGCGCGAGAUCGAACCCGACCUAGCCCGUCUCUUUUCUGACAUUGGAGCGCGCGCCGGCAGAGUAUUGCGCGUCGGGCCACGGUGUGUGUUGGUUGGAGUGCGAGUUCGGGGGCUUCGUCUGGAUUAAUCGGGCUCAAGACGAGGAAUAUCGACGCGGGAGCACCGGCGCCGGCCAAUUACGAUCGGGCAGAGCACAUAACGUGGGCGUCGAGGACGUCUCUUUAGGGAGACCGCGGCGGAGGGGUGGUCGUGCUGGGGGCCGAGGGGGUGGUGAUGUGGCCGAACAGCCUCGGAGGUACUUCCGGCUGCAGCGGGGGCGCCGGCGCCACCGAUCUCGGGGGCCUCGCCGCCUCCACCACCUCGGCCUCCGAGCUUUUCGGGCCCGCGGCGUUCGGCGCAUCCGCCGCGGGGCCCUACGGCGCCCUCAAGACGGCACCCUACAUGAGCGCGCUUAGCAUGCCGUCGAUAGACGCGUUACACUCCACCAUCGGCUAUCCCGGUUGUACACCCGCCGGUGAGUCCUACUACUGCAAUCCAAGGAAGCAACGGCGGGAAAGGACGACGUUCACACGAGCGCAAUUGGAUGUAUUAGAGGGGCUUUUUUCAAAGACGAAAUAUCCUGAUAUUUUCAUGCGCGAGGAAGUGGCAAUGAAAAUCAAUUUACCGGAAUCGCGAGUACAGGUGUGGUUCAAAAAUCGGAGAGCUAAAUGCCGACAGCAGCAAAAGCAGCAGCAGCAGCAGCAAGAUAAGGCGCCGAGAUCGAAGAAACCCUCGGGGAGUCCGGCUAGUAAUCCACCCCCUGGAAAAAGUCCUUCAAUUGCUACCACGCCCACGCCUGCCGCCGCGGUAUCUGCUACUACGCCCUUGAGCGGAGGCACUGGCGGCUCAGCGGCAAGUUCUCCGGCGCUUUUAAGGGAUUCACCGCAGUAUAAACCCGCGGGAAACGCUACUAGUUUGCUGUUAGCAACUAGCACGACUCCACCGAGCUUAGGCGGCACCGUGUACAACAGCGGCGGUGGUAGCAGUAGUAUCUGGAGUCCAGCCGUGACGGAGAGCGGUGGCUUUCCAGGUGACCACCAACGGUUAGCGUGGACGACAACCGCUUCCCAGCAACAAUGCUAUCAAAAUUAUACGUCCUACUAUACCAAUAUGGAUUACCUCUCGCCCGCCUCGCACCAGUUAAACGUUGUAGACAGCGGAGGUAGCGGCCUUGACAAUUCAUGGAGCAAAACGAGAGACGAAGGCACUUCAUCUUGGUUUUACAAUAGUGCCGGAUGGGGUGAUCGGAAGUGAACCUACAAGAAUCGAGGGGAACAAAAUCCGGGUACAUAUCAUCGACAAUAGUGAAGGUUAUACGGCUCGAAUCGAAGCUUAUAUCGUAAUGCGAUGCCAAAUAAAACGAGGAAGCUGUAUUUCUGAUGAAUGUCGAUACAGACUAAACAUAUCUUUAAUUCGGCCGGCAUUCGAAAAGCUGUGGAAUGCACAGGCCAAUCGAGAGUGCCAUACGUAUCCUCCUGUAUUUACUGGUUCAGCAUAGCUUAAAUAUACAGGAUAUCCUAUCAUUGGAAUAUUUUCUCUGCAACGAGAAUUUGCAGAAAAUAUUUCAUAAAAAAAUUGUUUUGUUUCGAGAAGCGUUUCAUAUAAAAAUAUUAUUUACAUGUAAGAGUAUUAAAGGAAUAUAUAAAACAUUCCACAUUU